AUGAAGUUUUUGGCUGGUGAAGAAGAGGCGGACAAGCUGUUCGGAUCGAAAGAACAUGAACAGUGCUACAAGGCACUACUUGCUAGAGGCAUUAUGCCUAACAGACUUGUUGACUCUGACUUCUUUGAGAGGAAUGAUGAAGAUGUCUAUAAGGAGCUGUCGGGCAACCUUGAUCUUUCAAGAGCCAACAAGCCACACAUUGAGCAUCACCACUUCCCUCCGAGGACCAUCAUACCGCAUAAGGUGAUUAUCAACUGCCUAAGACCAAAGGGUUCCUCAAAAACAGAUAUCUCAAGUGGUUCAGGUGUGGUGAGAUUAGCGAGGAUGAGCAAUCGGGAUAGAGGUACAAGAAGAGCCUCUAGCUCAAGAGCACAAGUGGUUGAAGACCCAAGAGUAGAUGGGGUCCUUAGAGCGCUAGAACAGAUUGGGAAUAUGAUGGGCAGGCAGUCUGAAGAACGAGCUGCCACUGUCGCCCAACAGGCUCAAGAGAGGGCUGCCAAUGUUGCCCAAGCUGCUGAAGGCUGCAUUGCUGCCGUGAAUAUGGUGAAUGGGAACAAUGGGAAUAAUGGAAAUAAUGGUCGUGGUAACGGAGGUGGUAAUGCCCAUGGUAACGAAAAUCGCUUGAUGGGUCGGUUAGUAGAACAGUUCAUGAAGCUGAAGCCAUCCAAGUUUGAUGGCAAGGGAGAUCCCGAGGCUGCCCCUAGAUGGAUCGAGGAAUUAGAAAAGGCCUUUGAAGUUUUAGGGUGCACCGAGGUUGAAAAAGCCACUAAGGGAAGAGUUUUCCCCGAAGGCACCGUGCCAAAUUGGACCGCCUUUGCUGAGGCCUUUAAUGCAAAGUAUUUCUCGGAGGCGGCCCAAGAACAGAAGCUGGUUGAAUUUCAGAACCUCCGCCAGAAUCAGAUGACAAUUGAUCAGCAUGAAGCUGAGUUCUCCAGAUUGUCCAAGUAUGCUCCAAGAAUAGUUGAGAACCCCGUGGAUAGGGCAAGGAGGUUUAGAGAUGGACUGAGGUCCGAUCUUCGCAGCCAGCUAGUGCUUCUGAAUUUGAAAGAUUAUGAUGAGCUGUACGAAAGAGGCCGGUUGGUAGAACGGGACAUGAGAGAAAGAGGAAUCACAUUUGGACCACAAUUUACUCCCGCUAGGGAUAAUCGUCACUUUGGCAAGAGGCAUGUGACCGACAAUAGGCGUUUCAUCCCUUCUGUCAAGAAGAAUAUUGGGAAGCCAACAUAUCAAGCUAACUGGACUUGUCGGCUUUGUGGACGGAAGCAUGGGAAUGGGCCUUGCCCAAGCAAGAUGGGAGUAUGCUAUAGCUGUGGCCAGCCUGGCCACCAUAAGAGGAAUUGCCCAAAUCUAGCUGCGGGAACUCGGUUUCAAGUGCAACGACCUCGGGCGGGACCUCAAGUUGGAGCUAUUCCGUUGGCUAAUCUAAAUAGGCCGCCAAAUCAAGGAAAAGUAUAUGCUGUGGCGCGCAAGGAGGCGGAGAAUGCGCCCGGCGUGGUCACUGCAUCGCAUUCUUUUGUGUCUGCACAAUUUGCUGAUUUGGCCGAAAUGGAAUUGAAACCGUUGGAUGUGAUAUUGCAUGUUAUCACCCCUUUAAAGGAUAAGGUGCUAGUCUCGUUAGGAUGCCAGAAUUGUAAGAUAGUUAUUGGUGGUAGCGAAGAGUCGAUAGACUUAGCAGUAUUGGCCAUGUAUGACUUUGAUGUUAUUAUUGGUAUGGAUUGGUUGGGUAAGCAAAAGGCUGUAGUGGAUUGUGGUAGCGGGGUGAUCCAAUUCCAUCCGAUUGGUCGCCCUAGAUUUGAAUUUGCAGGAAGUCGAGGAGGAAUCUCGAUCCCUUUGAUCUCGUUACUUGAGGUGACUAAGUUGAUAGAUGAAGGAUGUGAAGCUUAUCUAGCUGUUGUGGUUGAUUCGACAAUUGAAGAGACUAAGCUAGAUGGUAUAGCUGUGGUGCAUGAAUUUCGCGAUGUCUUUCCUCAAGAAUUACCGGGAUUGCCACCCGAAAGGGAAGUAGAGUUUGUGAUUGAGUUAGCUCCCGUCAAGAAUAAGUAUCCGUUGCCAAGGAUAGACGAUUUGUUCGAUCGGUUGCAAGGAGCGUCGGUAUUCUCCAAGUUUGACUUAAGGACGGGUUACCAUCAAUUAAGGAUCGAAAAGGAAGAUAUACCGAAGACGGCUUUUAGGACGAGGUAUGGGCACUAUGAGUUUACAAAUAUGCCGUUUGGAUUGACUAAUGCCCCAGCCGCUUUUAUGGACUUGAUGCAUCGAGUAUUCAAGGAGUAUUUGGAUCAGUUUGUUAUCGUAUUCAUAGAUGAUAUUUUGAUUUACUCAAGGACUUCUACUCCAUUGACAAGGUUAACUAAGAAGGAAACGCGGUUUGAGUGGACAGAUAAGUGUGAAAGGAGUUUUCAAGAACUUAAGCAUAAGGCGACGACCGCACCAGUAUUGACUAUUCCUUCCGGUCCUGGAGGUUAUGAGAUUUAUAGUGACGCGUCCCUAAAGGGAUUAGGAUGCGUAUUAAUGCAGAAUGGAAGAGUUGUUGCUUAUGCAUCACGACGGUUAAGACCUCAUGAGAUGAACUACCCAACGCAUGAUUUGGAGUUGGCAGCUAUUAUCUUUUAUUUGUUUUCCCAUAAGGAGCUAAAUAUGAGGCAACGUCGAUGGAUGGAAUUACUUAAAGAUUAUGAUUGUGAUAUCCUAUAUCACCCCGGGAAGGCAAAUAAGGUAGCGGACGCCCUUAGUAGAAAAUCAAGCAUCGCGCAUUUGAUGGUUAAGGAAUGGACUUUACUUGAAGGAGUAAGGGAUUCGAAAUUUAAGUUUGAGGUUUGUCAUCUUUCAAGUUUGAUGGCUACCUUGAGGGUUGAACCCGAGAUUCAAGAGAGGAUUAAGGCAUUGCAAUCUACGGACCACGACAUCCAAAAGAUUUUGGAAAUGGAUGCAAAUAAGAGGAAACCUGACUUUCAAGUAUCCGAGGAUCGGAUCUUGAAGUUUCGUGGACGAUUGUGCGUACCUGACGAUAAGGAGCUUAAGGAAAGGAUUUUGUCGGAAGCUCAUCGAAGUAACUAUAGUAUUCAUCCGGGUAGCACAAAGAUGUAUCAGAACUUGCGACAACACUACCGGUGGAACGGAAUGAAGGUGGAUGUAGCUAAGCACGUGGCAAAGUGUUUAACAUGCCAACAAGUGAAAGCACAACAUUGUAAGCCCGGUGGUAUGCUGCAACCCUUGGAGAUUCCCGAGUGGAAAUGGGAACAUAUCACCAUGGAUUUCGUUAUGGGUUUACCUAGAAGUCAGAGAGGGCAUGAUUCGAUUUGGAUAGGCAUGGAUAGAUUGACCAAGUCUGCACAUUUCUCGGGCGUGCGAAAGGAUUUCGCCAUGGAUAGAUAUGCAGAGUUAUACAUGCGCCAGAUAGUCCGCCUGCAUGGAGUCCCGAAGAUUACGUCGGAUAGGGAUCCUAAAUUCACCGCGACUUUCCGGAAAAGUCUUCAAGAUGCCAUGGGAACAAAGCUGCAUUUUAGUACGGCAUAUCAUCCUCGGACCGAUGGACGAUCCGAGAGGACAAUUCGGACAUUGGAGGAUAUGCUUCGUGCAUGUGUAAUAGAUUUCAAAGGAGGUUGGGAAGAACAUUUGCAUUUAGUAGAGUUCGCCUACAAUAACAAUUACCAACAGAGCAUCGGGAUGGCACCAUUUGAGGCAUUGUACGGCAGAGCUUGCGGGACUCCAGUGUCUUGGGAUGAGGUUGGUGAAAGAAGUAUAAUGGGUCCAGAAUUAGUUGAACAGUUUGUCGAGGCAGUGAAGGUUAUUAGAGAAAGACUUAAGACCGCUCGUAGUCGUCAAAAGAGCUAUGCUGAUAAGCGACGUAGGCCCUUGGAAUUUCAAGUAGGAGAUCAUGUCUUCCUUAAAGUGUCGCCAAUGCGAGGACUAUCUCGAUUUGGAAAGAAAGGAAAGCUAAGUCCAAGGUAUGUAGGUCCUUUCGAGAUACUAGAAAGAAUUGGAAAUUUGGCAUAUCGCCUUGCCUUGCCCCCGAGUUUGUCGUGGGUUCAUAAUGUAUUUCAUGUAUCAAUGCUGAGGAAGUACGAACCGGACCCGACUCAUGUGCUGGAUCAUGAAAUCAUUGAAGUGGACGAUAGAGUGUCUUAUGUGGAAAGCCCAAUUCGAAUCAAAGACAGAAAGGAGCAAGUCCUGAGGAAUAAGACGAUUCCGCUAGUCAAGGUAAUCCGGGAGCACCAUGGAAUAGAAGGAGCCACAUGGGAGAACGAGAACAAGAUGAGGCGUCCGCACCCCCACUUGUUUUAG